CCUGAAACGCUCUCGUUUUUCAUCUCGAGCGCAGACGAGCGGAAACCGCGAAUUACCGUGCACCGUUCGGAAAGCCGUGGAUGUCCUGGAGAUCGGACUCGUUGUCAGGACGUUGUCAGUUUUCCUCGGCGUAAACGGUCUCAUGCCAAGUAUCACGUCGGAGAAGUGCGUCUGCAGCGUCGGUUGUGCACCGUCAAGGGAACUGGAAACAUGAUAAUCUCCUGAUAGCCGGAGAAUCGAGUGCUGGAAUCGAUACUGCGAACAAGAAGAAAUUUGAGUUAUUACGUAUAUCGGAUUUCGGAGGAUUUCGGAGGAGAUAGUACACGAAACGUUACUUUACCUCUGGCACGGGACCGAUUUUCAUAUCAGGAUGAAACCGCCCGCGUACAAUGCCGACCAAGUGCAACAAGUAUCUCAGGAGCAAGGCGAGAGGAACGUGGCCAUGGCUGUUUGCGUGCAGUUGGCGGGCAGGGCGAUAAUCAGGGUAGUUUCCCGUUGCGAGGAGGCUCAGGACAAUUGCAAUCUAGAUCUAUCGGAAUGCCAAUUGAUGCAGGUUCCGGAUGCUGUUUACCAUUUAAUGAGACACACGGAAUUGAAAAGAUGCGAUCUUUCUGGGAACGUGAUAACAAAGAUCCCACCGAAAUUCGCGGUGAAAUUUUCGCUGAUCACUGAACUGAAUUUGAGUCAUAAUCAAAUGAGCAAGCUACCAGAGGAACUUGCCGAAUUACAAGCUCUGGAAAGGUUGAACAUUUCUCAUAAUACUUUCAUCGCUUUGCCACCUGUUACUUGUCGGAUACCACAGUUGAAGCACCUUCACGCCAACAACAACUCCAUCAUAGACGUAGACAUCGAGAGGCUGAGGCAUGCUCCCGUUUUGGAAUUUAUCGAUCUCCAAGCCAACCCUCUGACGCCCAGGAUGCACGAUCUCCUCGGCACCUUGACCCGAAUCAGAGUCGAAUUGACGCCCAGGGAGGUCGAAGAAUGGGAAGAUCUCACCAUUUGAAGCGGAUCUACAGCCUAAGGAAAACAAUUAAAUCUGCCAAAGGGGUGGAUCGGCGAAUGUUCGUCCUACGCGAAUGUAGCUUGCUUUCGUUUAUCUUGACUAAGAUUGAGAGUUUGCAAACGAAUCGUCGCGCGAAUCGAGAACAAAUAGCAAAUAUUUUGUACAGUGACUGUAUACGACUGACCGACAGCAUGCGUAAGCGAUGAAUGGUAAAAAACGAAUAAACUCGUCAGGAAACGUACAACUCUUUGUAACUGACGUUCUUCGCGAUCAGUACUUAACAGCAAAAACUUGCCGCGUACCUGGAACUUUCUGCAUUGAUCUCGCGAAUGAAUCGAUCGAUCGUCGCUUCUUCUACCCGUUUUCUACCGUGUGUUUUCUUUCUCUUUUUCUUGACUUUAUUCGGCCGCAUCAUUGCCGCGAUCGAUGUACGGCGUUACAUUGCGAGUUGCCGAUCCAACUUAUCACCAUAUUUUUACUAACUCUGAACAAGUACCCUGUAAACUUAAGAUACGUUGUAUUAUUUUUUAUGCGUGGAUUUGACAUAUUGCGACAUAUUUUGUAUAUUCAAUCAUUCGACUGCCAAUGUACGGACUGCUCGGUAUAAUAGAACGUCGAUUUGAUUUUAUAAAAACACACACACACACACACACACACGAAAAAGAGAUAUAUAUUUACAAAAAGCAUAAUUCAGGUAUAAUUGUUGAUUACGUGAGAAUUGACAGCUUUUCUGUGUUUAGAUGCGUAUACGUAUGUGCUUGCAAGAAUUUGCAAGAACGUUUAUAUUUAAUUUAUAUGUAGCUAUGUGUACUUGCACAAUACACAUCAGAAUGUAUUACUCUGUAUUUCUGAUCUAGUCAAUUGUCCGUGAAAUGUUGCAAUAUACUUUACGAAACACAA